AUGUUUUGGAUAAUAUUUCUAUUUUCAUUAUUCUCCAUUCAUGAUUCAAUUCGUAUUAGUUUAAUAAAAGAUAAUAUAUUAAUUGGUGUUAUAAGUAAAUCAUUGCUUGAUUUAACACAAGAUCAAUGUAUUUGUGAAAUGUUAAAUUCAGAUGAAUCAAUAUAUGCAUUAAAUUAUUUUUCAACUAAUCAAACAUGUCAAUUAUUAUAUUCAAAUAUAACUUCAACUAUAAUUGAAUUUAGUUUAAAUUCUUCUUUAAUAUAUAUGAAUCAAUCAUCAAUUUCAUUAACAACUAAAUCAACUACGGCAUUAUCAACGACAACAGUUACAACAUCAACAUCAACAUCAUCAUCUACAACAUCAUUAACAUCAUCCACGUCUUCAACAACAUCAUCAACAACAACUACAACUACAACUACAACAGCAGAACCUGUAUGGACAUUGACUGGAAACUUGAACAGUGCACGAUAUUAUCAUACAUCAUCCAUUCUACUAGAUGGUCAAGUAUUAGUUACGGGUGGAUACGGUGGUUUCGGUGGUAUAUUAAAGACUGCUGAAUUAUAUGAUCCAUCGAGUGGCAUAUGGACAUUAACUAGUAGUAUGAAUUAUGCAAGAUAUUCUCAUGAAGCAACAGUAUUAGCAAAUGGGAAGGUAUUGAUUACUGGUGGACAGAGUACUGGAGCUACUGCUGAAUUAUAUGAUACUUUAAGUGCAAGCUGGAGACUUACUAAUACUACGAAUAUUUUACGACGUUAUUCUACCGCAUCGUUAUUACAAAAUGGAAUUGUAUUGGUUAAUGGUGGGUUGAAUGGUAGUACUGUUUUAGAUAGUACCGAGCUAUAUGAUCCCUCGAGUGAAAUUUGGACAUUUACUGGAAGCUUAAAUACUGCACGAUAUUAUCAUACAGCUACUGUUCUAACCAAUGGAAUGAUAUUGGUCAGUGGCGGAUCUAGUGGUGUUAGUACUGCUGAAAUCGAUAGUACUGAAUUGUAUAAUCCGUCGACCCAAACUUGGAAAUUUACUGGUAGUUUAAACGUUGCACGAUACUAUCAUACAGCAUCGCUAUUAACAAAUGGGAAAGUACUGAUAUGUGGCGGAACUUCUAAUAAUAGUUAUUUAGAUAGUAGCGAAUUGUAUGAUCCAUCAACUGGACUAUGGACAUUAACGGAUAGUUUAAACACAGCACGCUAUUAUCAUACAGCAUCUCUAUUAACAAAUGGAAAGGUAUUAGUCAGUGGUGGAUCUGAUAGUAAUGGUGUACUAAAUAGUGCUGAAUUGUAUGAUCCAAUAAGUGAAACAUGGACAUUUACUAGCAACUUAACUAAUAAACGAUAUUUACAUGCAGCAUCCGUAUUAACAAAUGGAAACGUAUUAGUCAAUGCUGGAACCGAUGUUUCUAAUUUAAAAACUGCGGAAUUAUACUCUGGCGGUUAA